AUGAGCAACCUAUAUGCCACAGAGCCGGCGACAAACGGCAAGGUCAUCUUUGACACCACAGCAGGAGAGAUUGAAGUAGAACUAUGGGGCAAAGAAUGCCCCAAGGCAGUUAAGAACUUUCUCGCCCUCAUUAUGGAAGGCCAGUCUUCUUCUCAUGUGCGCCCGACAAGUGAUUGA